AUGAGUUUCUCCGGCCUUGCUCCGCCGCCGCCGCUCCUCCCGACGCCCGGCUGGCCGUCACUUCCAUGGGAGGAGUGGGAGCAGACCUUAACAGUCUACCUUCUAGCGUCCGGAGCAGCUGAGUUCCCACCAGCGCGACGCAAGGCCAUUCUUCUGCAUUUUUUGGGGGCGGAAGGGCAGCGUGUUUACCGGACUUUACCUGCAGGGUCAAAUGCCGCAGCACCAGCAAGCGCCGCAGCACCGGAAGUACAAGAGAAGCCUCCCGCGGCCACUACUGACGAGUACGAGGCUGCACUCAUCGCCUUACGGCAGCAGUUUUCCACGUCGUGUAACGUCGUCGUCGAGCGUCAUCGUUUCCACCGCCGCCGCCAACACGCAGGCGAGUCCGUUCAUGACUUUGUUGCUGCUUUACGGGAGCUCGUUUCGCAUUGUUCGUUCGCUUCACAAGAUGAUGCUCCGCGGGACCGAUUUGUUGCCGGCGUUGUUUCCAACCGCGUACGUGAACGGUUGCUGCUCGAGGGUUCCUCCCUUUCGUUCGAGAGCGCAGUGUGGAUUGCUCUUCAGUUUGAGCAAGCAGCUGAAGAGCUGAAGGAAUUUUCUGCUUCGGUCGAGCCUGUUUCUGUACGGCGUCGUUCCCAGUAUUCGCAUUCUUCGCGAAAAUUCAAUUUCCAGCCAAAAGAGCAUUUUCAGCAAAACUCGCCAAGCGCUAGCGGUUCGCGUGCGCCGCAGGGGCCACGCCCCCCUCUGCGAGACAGAGAUAACCGGUCCGUUUCACCACACUGUUUCCGAUGCGGCUCGCGGAAUCACCGCGCAUCAGCGUCACAGUGUCCUGCGCAGGGAAAGAAGUGUUUGUUUUGCGGUAUCCAGGGCCACUUUCAGAAAGUAUCCCAACCGCAAGCGUCAAAUGCAAGGCAGGAUUCGUGA